CGCGCGUGCGCGUUUAUGUGCGUGCGGGCGAGGGCGCGCGCGCGCGCGAGGGAGGAAGCCCGAAGGCAUCGGACGGUUGGGCAGACAGGUCGCGCGAGGGUCCGGGACCCGUGGGAACCAAGAAGGCGAAGGGGGAGGAGGGACGGUCAUGUCGCUGAAGAUGGAAUUCGGGGCGUACAAGGGCACGGGACCGCGGGUGAGGAUGAGGCGGCGCGCCGAUCUCGGCAGGAGACUGACGAGGAGGCUGUCACUGGUGGCCAAGGUGCCGGCGGCUCUGCUUAACCGGGCCAGUCCCCCGGAGCCGAGGUCCGUCGAGAUAACGGCCAUCGCCCCUGACAAGUCCCAGCUCACGCUUGCCGCAGUGUCGCCGGGUCUGGUGUCUUCUGUGGUUGGACCAGUGCUUCUGAAAUACCGAGUCUGCCGUCCGAGAUUACUGCUCGCCGGUUCGAGGGCCGAGGUCGAUCCGGGCGCCGACGUCGUGCUACUUCACGGCGAGAUCCUCCUCAUCGAGGACUCGGCUCGCCAAUACAGUCCCAUCGGAGAUACGGACAGGCGAUAUAGGGCGACGGAGAAGCUCUUCAAUGCCGAGGAGGAGUACCGCGAGUGCCUCUACAGCGCCAAGGAACUCUAUGCCCGACCUCUCGCCCGUAAUUAUCCCGACUUCCGUGACGUCAUAUUCCAGCCCCUAGCCGACCUCGCCAAAGUCAGUGCGGAGUUUAGCCAGCGGAUCGAGAGCACACUGGAAAAUUGGGACGGAGAAGCGUUCAAGCCCGCUGACGUCGCUUUCUCGUCACUGCUUCCAGGUGAUCUGUUCCCGACUUCGUUCUGGGACGCCUACUGGCUGUACCUGGUGAGCUAUGCCGAGGCGCGUCGGACUCUGGAGGAGCUACGGGCGAACGAGGACCCGCUCCUGCACUUUCUCAGACUGAGGCAGGCCGCGGCCAGACACUCGCCAUCCUCUCUGCUACUUCUGCCGGCCGAGAGUCGAAAGAGAGUUUAUGCACCACUAUUAACAUUAACGAUGAGAUGCAAUAAUUACGACGGAGAUGAGCAUAAACUAUUGAGCGCAUAUGUAUCGCCACCGUUGCUGGUAGUGGUGAUGCUCAUCGUUGUCGUUGUAGAGGUUGUGGUGAUGGUGGUGGUGGGAGUGGUGGCGCUGUUGCUACUGCAGGCGCGGCUUUUAUAA